AUGUCUUCCAAGCUAUUGGUGUCUUUGAAAGGCUUGAAGCCUGCCCGUCUGCAGGCGUUGUCGUCUAUGCUGAGCACCAGUGGAAAUGCUGCCAGAGUGUCUCCCUCUGGAAUAAAAAAAGUUGGGUACUCCAGGAGGUAUGUGUCUAGCGUCAGUGGUGUGGGUACGGAAGGAACCAGGUCGACGGUUGUCCAGCUACUGAACAACAUUGGUUCCAAACGCGAGGUUGAGCAGUACCUGAAGUAUUUUACGUCUGUCUCGCAACAGCAGUUUGCAGUCAUCAAAGUGGGUGGUGCGAUAAUUAGCGAUAACCUAGAAGAGUUGGCGUCAUGUCUAGCUUUCCUGUACCACGUAGGGCUCUAUCCUAUCGUCUUACAUGGAACGGGACCCCAAGUUAACGGCAGACUUGAGGCCCAGGGCGUGGAACCAGACUACAUUGAUGGAAUUAGAAUUACGGAUGAACGCACCAUGGCUGUUGUGAGACAAUGUUUCCUGGAACAGAACCUGAAGUUGGUGACCGCUCUGGAGCAGCUUGGAGUUCGCGCCCGGCCCAUCACGAGUGGUGUUUUCACCGCCGAUUACCUUGAUAAGGAUAAAUACAAGCUUGUGGGAGAUAUAACCAGUGUCAGCAAAGACCCCAUUGAAGCCUCGAUUAAGGCGGGCGCUUUGCCAAUCUUGACGUCUUUGGCCGAGACUGCGUCCGGCCAGACCUUGAAUGUGAACGCCGAUAUUGCUGCGGGAGAACUGGCCCGUAUAUUCGAGCCACUGAAAAUCGUGUACUUGAAUGAAAAAGGUGGUAUCAUCAACGGUGAUACCAAGGAGAAGAUCUCCAUGAUAAACUUGGAUGAAGAGUACGAAGAAUUGAUGAAGCAAAGCUGGGUGAAGUACGGCACUAAGUUGAAGAUCAAAGAAAUUAAGGAGCUUCUGUACUUUCUUCCACGCUCGUCUUCUGUCGCCAUCAUCAAUGUCCAGGACUUACAAAAGGAAUUGUUUACCGACUCAGGUGCUGGUACUAUGAUUAGAAGAGGCUAUAAACUUGUCAAGAGAUCUAACUUAGGAGAGUUUCCGUCUCCAGAUGCCUUGAGAACUGCUUUGCAAAGAGAUUUGGACAUCUCAUCGGGAGCUCAGUCAGCCGCCACCUAUUUGCGCGACUUGGAAUCCUCGGAAUUCGUUUCUUACUGCGAUGAACCCCUGGAAGUCUUGGCAAUUGUCAAAGAAAAUAAGGUUAUACCACAAUUGGAUAAAUUUUUGUGUUCUAAGAUUGGCUGGUUGAACAAUGUGGCCGACAAUGUGUUCAGUUCUUUGAGACGUGACUUCUCUGCCCUACAGUGGGUUGUCAGAGAGGAUGAUGAGAACAUUGCCUGGCAUUUCAACAAGUCAGAAGGCUCAUACUUAAAAAAUGGCAAGGUUGUCUUUUGGUAUGGUAUUCAGGAUGUAAACACCAUUUCACAAUUGGUCAAGGACUUUGUGGCUUCUGUCACGGCCCCUCCUGUUCAGUCUGGUCACCAAUCCAACGUUUUUGCCUCUGGACAGUCCACAAGAUCCUACUCCACGAGAAGCACCCCCAAAGCUGAGGGUAGCAACACGAGAAAAGCUCGCGUGGCUCUGAUUGGUGCCAGAGGUUUUACCGGCCAAAAUUUGAUUUCAUUGAUCGACAAACACCCUUACCUAGAGUUGGCUCAUGUCUCUUCUCGUGAACUUAAAGGAAAGAAGCUCGAUGGAUACACCAAAUCUGAAAUAAUUUACGAAAACUUGGGCUUCGACGAUUUGAAAAGACUCGAAUCGGAAGGCAAAGUCGACAUGUGGGUAAUGGCAUUGCCCAACGGAGUUUGCAAGCCAUUUGUAGAAGCAAUUGAAAGCGUAAACGGAAACUCUAAAAUCAUUGAUUUGGGAGCCGAUUACAGGUUUGUUCCGGAGACCGAAUGGGCUUAUGGACUACCCGAGUUAAAUGACAGAGAAAAGAUCGCAGCCGCCAAAAAAAUUGCAAACCCAGGUUGUUAUGCCACUGGUGCACAGGUUGCAAUCGCUCCAUUGCUCGAGUUCAUUACUGGCCUACCCACGGUAUUCGGUGUUUCGGGAUAUUCGGGUGCGGGUACCAAGCCUUCUCCUAAAAACGACCCUGCUUUCCUUAACAACAACUUAAUCCCAUACAGUUUGACGAAUCACAUACACGAACGUGAAAUUUCCACUCGUAUGGGCCGUGAUGUAGCUUUCGUGCCCCACGUAGCACAAUGGUUCCAAGGUAUUUCUCACACUAUAUCGAUCCCCAUCAAAAAGGGCGUUUUGACUUCAGAAGAUAUCAAGGCCCUUUACGAAAAAUUCUAUGCUAAUGAACGUUUGGUCAACAUUGCUGACGAUAUUCCUCUAGUAAAGAAUAUUUCGGGAACGCACGGUGUGUUGGUCGGCGGGUUUAAGGUCAAUGAUAAUCAAGACCGUGUUGUCGUGUGUGCCACAAUUGACAAUCUUCUCAAAGGUGCCGCCACUCAGUGUCUGCAAAACAUCAAUCUGGCCCUAGGCUAUGGUGAAUAUGAUGGUAUUCCCGAUCAAAAGAUUGCCAGGUGA